AGGAAAACGGAAUGUAGCGAACAGGAGACAUUUUGGAGUCUGUUUUUAGCCUGGAACAAGAAUUUUAACGUCAGUAGUGAGUUUAACUAACUUUUGAGAUUGUGUCAACAACGUUAUGUGAAGUCAGCAUGGUUGUGAAAGCAUGGAGUCCAGCAGCUUGGUCAAUGACUUUCUGUCUCCGGAGUCGACGGUGACCUCCCUGCUGUCCAGCUCAGGUCACCUGAGGAGCAGCCUGUUGGCUCCUGAACACAACACCAGCUUCAGAUACAGAGACAAGAACUAUGACUCGGCCUCGGCGGCAUUGGACGCCUACAUCACAGACUUUGAGAGGAGUUGUCAGAACAGCGAAUCGCUGACAGGAAGGCUGGUUCUGCCACACAGUCCGCCCUCCACGCCGAGCAGACCCAGAGUGAGCACUCUCAGAAACAAAGAUGUUCUCAGGGAGAGUUUGACUGACAGGGAGCUAGACUUCCUGAACCUCCCUGUCAGCUCCCUCCAUCACCGCAGCAACCGAGACAGACUCUCCAUGACGACAGACGAGCUGCUCUCCAUCCCUUACGACGGCUCGAUGCCUGUCACCCACACCUCCGCCUUCAUCCAAAGGCUCCUGUCCCAAUCUGGAGCCUCCCAGCCCUGCCCCUCCUCCUCCAGACCAGCACACAGAACCUGGGAUAGACUCAGCAGCAGCCACGCCGUCCCCCGACUGGACCACCACCACCCCCAUCCAACCAGGACGCUCAGGAGCUCCAGAUGCAGAGGAAGACCAGGGGCAGGCACUUUGAAACCAGAUGUUGACAUCUCCUCAGGCAGCUGCUAUAGGUCUGCACACAGAGCAGCAAGGUCAGAGUGGGCAGAGCCGUCUUCGUCACUCCACCUCCCUCGCUGGUUCACCAGUAACAAGACUGACAUGGACUGUUCUGGAAUCACCAGCGUGCCGGACCUGAAGUACCCAGCCUGGAUCCAACGAUGUGACCUCAGCGAGCUGUCGCCGCCCACAGAGUCGGAGCUGUGGGAUGACCACGGUCUUCUUCCACCUGCAGCUUUCACAACCAGAGCUCCGUCCUGGGUAGCAGAGCUGGAGGAUGAUGAUGCUGACCAGACACCUGCACAGGUUGACAGCCAGCAGACUCUCAGAGAUCUGAGGCUUCAGUUUGCUGAACAGAUUUCUCUAUUCGCUGCAGAUAGAAACAGCUCUGACAUCAUGGAAACUCUGUUCAAAGACAACAGGAUUGAGUGUCUGAUCCAGAAGGCGGAUCAGGUGUUGAACUCUCUGUCGCAGAGCUCUAGAGGAGCAGACAGUCCUGCAUAUCCAGGUGGGACCAGGACUCAACCCAAGACACAAGUCAAUGCUACUGACUAUGUUGAAGAAGCUGUCAGUCCACUGAACACAGAGGAGCUGCUGCUCUGUUCUUCCUCACAAUGUCGUCCAUUCCCUCUGGACUCAGCAGCAGGGGGCGUCACAGAGGCGAUGGCCGGCGGAGGAGCUCAGGCUCUGGGCUGCGGUCUCCAUGGAAACAGCAUCUUGAAGCAGCCUGGUCCAGUUGAGGCUCUGAAACAGAUGCUGUUCAGACUGCAGGCAGUGGAAGCAGAGCUUCAGCGACAACAACAGGCAUCAGUAGCUCCAGCACUCAGUGACAGGCCACAGGCAGAGGAGACUCCAGUAACGCAGAUGCCUGGAGGUGAAGCAGAGCUGGAGAGUUUUCCCGGGGGACCGUCACUACAGAGAGCUCUGUAUCACCUGAGCCGUCUGAAGGUGCUGGUGGAAGAACCCAGACAGAAACACAGAGAGGAAGAAGAGGAGAAAGACGAAGAUGAAGGACGCUACUCCUUUUCAUCUGCUGACCGACUCAUCUGCACUCAGCAGAAACCCAUCUGAAGCUCAUCUUACAGUUUCCUGUCACGUCCAGUGGCAACAGGAAACGGCAAAAGGUGCUGAUGAAUCUGGAUGAAGUCUGCUCGGGAUUUGUAUUUUAGAUGAAAAGGUGCAAUUCAUCUAAACACUAACAGUACAGAGACCAAACCAGACUCAUUAGGAAAUUCAUGAAAUGUGUGUUGAAGUUAUGUGAAGUGUUAUAGUGAAAGAAGCUGAGAAACUUUUGAACACAGUUGGCUGUUCUGGUGGUUAAAAACUUGGAAAAUGACCAAAAGUUAUCUAUUAAAGGAUCUGUCUGGUAAAAUGUCAAACGAGGAUUUCCCAAAAGGUCAGAUUCAGAUGACCGGAUGGUUUCAAUAGCUCUAAUGCUAAAAAAGAUGCAACAUAGAAAUGAGGCUGCUUCAGAGUUGUUUGAAGGUGGAUUUUUUUUCACAAGCUAAAAUGUCCAGGACCUCUCUCUGUACUGGACACAGGGGCCUGGAACUGUUAUCCAUCUUAUUUGACUCUGUGGAAGACAGAACAAGAGGAUUUUUCUUAAUGUCACAAUUUUGCUCUUUAAACGCCCGAUGAGAAUGAAGCUGUGCAGCGUCUUAGCAACGUUAAGGACAAUCAAUCUCAAACUGAGAGGAAAUGACCAGAUAUCAAAAUCAUUCUACAUACUCCAAGCAUGUGUUCAGCUGUUGAGACACUAAAAGUGUCAAAUUGAUAUGUGAAUGGGGGAUAUAAUGUCUAGUUGUUUGUCAUUGCACUGGACAUGUCCUUCAAAUGAGAAAUCUUUCUGUUCGUAGCAGCAAGAUUCUGGAGAUGUCAUAAUGCUAGCUGUACAUGUUUAAUAUGCCUUAGCAUGCUGUCAAUCUAACAUGUCGCAUGCUAAACCUAGGCAUGUUAAUGUGGUAGCAUGUUAACCUGCUUAAUUUUAGUAUAUCACAUUUACCAUGUAACUUGUUAAACGUCAGAAUGUUAACAUCCAUUGCUGUGUUACAUGCUAACUGGACCAUUUAAAAACUAAUGUUAACAUGUCAACCGUAACUGUAGCCAGUAUUAUUGUUACAUGCCCAUGUUAGCAUGUCUCCUUGCUAAACGGCAAAUGUUACAUGCAGCAUGUUAACAUCCAUUUGUUGUCUAAUAUGGAUGUUAACAUGCUAACUGUAGCCACAUUAACAUGCCAACAUUAGCAUUUUAACUUAGCACCGUUACCAUAUUUCUAAAUGUUACAUGUUCAAGUUUAGCAUUUUCCCAUGCUAACACCUCACAUGCUAAAUGUCAACAACAAAGAUUUUGUGGUCUAAAUAAGGAAACUUUUGUAACUAUACACUAUAAUUUAUGUGGGCAAAGUUUUGUAUUUAACUCUUGCAAUGAGCAAUUUGGCAUAUUUUGUGAAAUAAAAAAAAAUAUUCUGCAAACUAAGGUAUAGAAAUACGUUUAAGUUUUGGUAUUUGUGCAGAACCUCAGGUAGCAUAUUGUACUGGUACUAAUAUCCAGAGUUUUCUAAUGAUACCCAACACUACUAACUGUUGGCAUGCUAACAUGCUAUAAUUAUCACAUUAACAUUUAGCAUUAAGCUCAAACCAGAGCUGGAACUUAGUACAGAUGAGCCUGAUAUUUCCUAAAAUGGCCACUGGACAGAGGAUAAUACUGCGUUCACAUUGUGUGGGAGUUACUGUAAUUACAAAUUUCCAAUUUGUAAAAACUGUUCUCGUCAACAUCCAAUUCGUAAUUACGGCAGUGAAACCAUAUAUACGUCCAACUUGGAGCUUAAUAACAUGGUACCUGAAAAAAGAAACAAGCAUGGACGCCUCAUGUCAGCCACAGUCAUUACCGUCUCUACCAUCCAUCCCAUGUGAUGUGAACGGAACAGAAACGGUUUGGUCUGUUUUGGCUCCGUUGUCAGGACAAACCUCAACAGGUGACAUUAUUUUAUUUACUGGUGUGGAAAAAUCAUGGCAGGUUUCCUUUCCUGAUUUGGACAAGAAACAGAAAAUCGGAUUAUUGAUCCAUCAGUAUUUUUAUUCACUCUUUGUCUCUGAACUGAUGAACACAGACUGUCAGUGUUUUCUCUUGCUUCACAUUUGGAACCAUUAAAGUGCCAAAUCAGUAUUCAGGCAGACAGGUGACCUGAACAUGAAAAGAUGUUUUGACAUGAAGUGUUUUUAUUUCUGUGUAACAGGCUUGUCUCCAGCUGCUCUGAGCUGUUUUUUCUGCAAACAGCUCACAUUAAAACAGAUCUCAAUUUACUACUUCAUGGUGUCAGCUCAUUUUGAAUUUUAUUAAGGAUAAUUUCGACAUUAACAGGAAUUGGACCUCAUUCACAACUUUCCUUAAACGUAAUCUCUUUUGAAACAUUCCAAACAAAAUGAAUAAAUUGUUUUUUUUAAACAAG